AAGGCUAACAAAUUCAUAGUUGCAUAUCAUGUUGUGUUGAUACUUUUGGCUGCUGUAAAGGUAUUCACCCUACACCUGUUUAUGCAUGAAGGUGUCUAAAUUCACAGUCCAGUCUCAGGGGAUUACCUGAUGCCAUGGUGAUAUAUAGUGCAUCACUAUGCGUAAGUGCUUACCUUGGCAAUAGCAAAGAUGUCAGACACACCCAAGAUUGAUAGCAAUUGUGUUAUAAGCUGCACCUUGCUACUCUCACUGGUGUUAUUAUAGUGAUGGUUAAAUGUGGUUAUGAAGACGAAAAUCCUGGAGAAAAAAAUUGCAGAAGCAUUGCUCACUGUUGCAGCAGUUUGGUCAGUGAACUGCCAUACAUAUUGAUGUCUGCUGUAAUGUACAAGAACCUGCCUGAUGAAGUCUGUCGAGGCCUGAACACAGAUGAUGUGAUAAAUGCUCUGUUCUGGAAUAGUUCAUAUCACCUGCUGCCUUUAUUGUAUCGGCUGAUAAUAUCCUGCUGCAAGGACAAGUCCAAUUAUUGGGGUCUAUGUGCCACACUGCACUUUGCAGCUUUGAUCUUUGUUGUGUUUAUACUUUUUCACCCUAUGAUAUACUGUUGAUGAAUAGGCUAGGCCUUGGCAGAUUAUGCUCAAAUUUGGGCUUAUUUUUCUAUUGUUUAAUGCUCCUAUACUAUGCCUAUAUAUUUUUUCUUUUGCCCAUUUUUCUUUCGAU